UUGUAAGCAGUAGAAGGAAGGCAAGGUAGCGAAUAAAGAAACGACAGUAUCAGUAAAAGAAUCACAAGAAGGGAGAAAGUUUGAGUAAGCUUCACACAAUAAUAAUUGAAAAAUUGAAAAUUACAACUUCUCUGCCGGCGCAAAAGAACCAAAAUAUCAUCGCCGAUCACUACCUUUACGCUUGCCAUUCAAAGGAUCAGUUAACAUUUCCCAUUAGUGAUGCACUAGUGGUUGUAAUCCUUGCGGUUUUACCCUCCCGGCUUCGAUUUUUGUUUCCAGAAAAGAGGGAGUGUGUGAAGGAUUUGCGCUAGAAAACCAAGGGACAGGAGGAUGACGGAGGUGAUUCUCCACAUCUAUGAUGUGACGAACAGUCCCUCCGACAAGACAAACAACACCAUUCUUCAGAUCAAUAGGAUUUUCAAAGACGGCAUCGGUCUUGGCGGCAUCUUCCACAGCGCCAUCCAGGUUCAUGGAAAUGAGGAGUGGUCAUUUGGGUACUGUGAACAAGGUACUGGAGUGUUUAGCUGCCCUUCGGGAAAGAAUCCAAUGUAUUCAUAUCGUGAAAGCAUUGUUAUUGGAAAAACAAACUGUUCAAUUUUCAAAAUGAACCAGAUACUGCGAGAACUUAGUAGAGAUUGGCCAGGAUUCUUGUAUGACUUGCUGUCAAAGAAUUGCAACCACUUCUGUGAUGAGUUCUGUGAAAAACUUGGUGUCCCCAAGCUUCCUGGUUGGGUAAAUAGGUUUGCUCAUGCUGGUGAUGCUGCUCUGGAGAUGGCAGAAAACACAGCCUUCCGUCUGCGACAAGCUAAAGCUGAGAUUGUUACAGCCAGCAAAGUGGCUUAUCGGUUCCUUGUGGGUGUUGCUUCCAGUAGUUCUGCUUGUACCCCAGAGUUGCCUGGAAAUCCCAGCAGGGAAAGUCCUAGAGGUGAGGCAUCCCCAACAGUGCCUAAAGCUACUUGGUUUACAGAUCUUAUGGACAUUGGUGCCAAACCAUCGAGUAGUUCAGACAUAGAGAGCAAUAUAGAGGUGAGGGGGCAUCUCCAGCAGGGUGAGGACACAGAAACAACUCGAAGGCCAAACUUGCAGUAUCAAUCCUGAUGGAAUAUCCUUAUCAUCAUAGUAUUUUUACUCUGAAAUCUGCAAAAAUCUGUUACCCUGUUUGAUCAGUGUAAAUUGUUCAUUUUUCCUUAUAGCUCACAAUUUAUAUUCAUAUUCUUCUGGCAAAUUGAACCUAAGACCAUUUUGCUACUCAACAGUAUCUUUAUGUGUGUAGUUGUGUACAUUAUGCCAUUUCUAGUUCUCUA